GAGUGCGCCUGCGCGGCCGCCCGGGUGGCUGGGCCGUGGCGGAGCGUUCCAUGGCCGGCGGCGCGGGACCAUGACCGAUUACAGCGAGGAGCAGCGCAACGAGCGGGAGGCGCUGGAGUCCAUCUACCCGGACUCGUUCACGGUGUUAUCAGAAAACCCAACAAGUUUCACUAUCACAGUGACAUCUGAAGCAGGAGAAAAUGAUGAAACUGUCCAGGCAACCCUUAAAUUUACCUAUGGAGAAAAAUAUCCAGAUGAAACUCCACUUUAUGAAAUAUUCUCCCAGGAGAACCUUGAAGAUAAUGAUGUCACAGACAUAUUAAGCCUUCUAGCGCAACAGGCAGAAGAGAACUUGGGGAUGGUGAUGAUCUUCACUCUAGUGUCAGCUGUACAAGAGAAAUUAAAUGAAAUAGUGGAUCAAAUAAAAACAAGGCAAGAGGAGGAAAAGAAACAGAAGGAAAGAGAAGCAGAGGAGGCAGAAAAGCUAUGUUUCCAUGGCACUCCUGUUACAAUUGAGAAUUUCCUAAGCUGGAAAGCAAAGUUUGAUGCAGAGCUCCUAGAAAUUAAAAGAAAAAAGAUGAAAGAAGAGGAGCAAUCAGGCAGAAAUAAAUUAAGUGGAAAACAGCUAUUUGAAACCGAUCAUAAUCUUGACACAUCUGACAUACAAUUCUUAGAAGAAGCUGGAAACAGUGUGGAAGUAGAUGAAUCCUUGUUCCAGGAAAUGGAUGACUUGGAGUUGGAUGAUGAAGAGGAUGACCCUGAUUACAACCCUGUUGGUUUAGAUAGUGACUAGACUGAAUUUGCUGAACUGGCUGUGUCAUUAGUAUGCAUGGACACGUGGGGAGAAAGAGGCAGUCAGGAAAGCCACAGUAUCUGUGGCUCUACCAUGCAUGUAUUGGUUUUCAUUUUUGAAGGAAAAAAACUUUUAAUUUCAGGAGAAUACUCUUCUGAUGACUUGCAUCAUAAUUAAUAAAUUGACUUUAACAUUUCAAAUGUGAAAUGUUAGGCAUAUCGUUAAUCUGUAUGAAGUCUAGAAACCUAUACAUCUGUUCUCUCUCCCUUCCGACCUCAGUAACUGCCCUUGAAGAGAUCAGACAUGCAAGAUGACAAGGUGCUAGAGCAGAUGCUGUACGUGCCACAAUUCAAAUGUGUGCUGAGCACCUAUUCUGUUAUCUUCAGCUUGAAAUACGUGUGGAAGUUCUGGUGAAGAAAUGGGGAGUGCUUACUAUAAAACUGCUCUAUUUGUGGGACUCUACAGUGCAUCAAAUACAACUUAUUAAUGGUGCUUCUAACCAUUCUCAUUCAUUAACGGCUAUAGAGAGACUGACUAGUGGUGACCUUCCAACUUCAUACCACCUCGUCAGAGUUCCAUGUUAGAUGAUAUCCUUCCUCUUCCCCAUACUACAGCAGCACCAGUAACGCUGCUGAUGUUAAAGAUAAAAUAGUUUCUAUGUUAUAAAGGUGGUUCGAUAACUUGGCCAUUUCAGAUUACAUAAAAUUGACAUCUUGGAUAUGAUUUUUUUUUAAAAGAUAAAACCAGAGCAGUGAAAACCCUUUCAUUCCUCUUGUUUUCAAAUUUUAACUUUUUGGCCAUAAUCCAGACAAAGAAUUUGGAUAAAGUUCUAAAGGAGAUGAAGGCCUUAAAAUGAUUUUCAAAAGUUAGAUGGAUCUGUUUGAAAGGCAACUUCUCUUUUGAACUUGUGCAGUAGUUAGCCCUAUUGAAAAUGUUAUGAAAAUAAUAAUUUAAUGAAUGGGACUUGUUUUCUACAAUCAGCAGAAUACAAGUCUACGCCAUUGUAGUUAAACUUGAGUAACAGUUCAGAAUAUUGUCUCUCUCUUAGUAAUUACAAGGUGUCAUGUUGUCUAGAUGUGAAUCUAGUUGGCAUUACCACUGUUGAAGCCAACCAUUGUGAAAGUCCGUUAGUACAAGAUAGAGCACAAAGAUCCAGCCAAGCUGCAGGAAACAACAUGCAGAUAUUAGCCCAGCUGUUUUCUUGGCAUUAUAGUGUCAUCGGUGGCUCUGUGCUUUGCUGCACUGUUUUGUGUUCCACAGUAGUACAUCUAGGAGAAGAGCAGUAGGAUGGCUGGAAGAUCACAGGCUGUGGAGAGAGGUGAGAAAUGGAAGACUGUUGCUAAUGGGAGAAAUAUGUAGCAUGUCAAUGUGGGUAUAAGAGUAAGGAGGAUGCUGUAUUCGGCUUAUAAAAAGGAACAGGAAAACAUUUUAAAUGAAGAAAUAGAGGAAAGAGUGAAUAAACCAAGGCAAGAGAUAUGAAGCAAAAAUGAAUAACUGAAAUGUGGCGGGGAGGGGAGGCUAGCAAGACAUGGAGGGAGGGGAGAAGACACUAUUCUAUUGUAACUCCUCUGUGGUUAUAGAUCAAGCUGCAAUAGAUGUUUUCUAUUGAUCAUCAGUUACAAAUGAAAAUCCAAGGAUCUCUGUGUUGCUAAAUAUUUUAGCAGGUUUACUUCUUGUUUAUGAAGCUAUGGUCUCUCUCCCUCUGAUGGAAAAAAUAUUCAUAAUGUAAUAUAACAUUUUUCAAAGAUAACUUGCUCUUUUGUAUAAAGUAGUUUGGGAUACUUUGUACAAAAGGAACUAAGUACAAGUGUGACUUGUUAGUGUAUGAGUGAUUGUUCAGACAAUAACUAGGCAUGAAGCUAAUUUCAAGAGACAGGUCUCCGAAUAAAUCAGGAACAGGGGUUGCCACGCCUCCUAGAUGA